AUGGUUUUUAUCCUCACGCGUUGCAGUUGGUACGUGGGCUCAAGAGGAGUUGGCAGAACGGCAGAAGAUCGGGGGAAGCUACCGCGGAUCAACCGGGCGGUUGACAAAGGGGGCUCACGCACCGUCGUUCCGCCUAAAAAAAACCUGCUGGUUCUCACUGUUGCCACCAAGCAGACUGAGGGAUUCAGACGCUUCAGAAGAUCGGCCCAGUUCUUCAACUACAAAGUCAAGGUGCUGGGGCUGGAUGAGGAGUGGCGGGGUGGAGACGAUAAGAAGCCAGCAGGAGGUGGGCAGAAGGUCCGUCUCUUGAAAUCAGCUUUAAAGGAGUAUGCAGAUAAGGAAGACUUGAUCAUCCUUUUCGUAGAAAGCUAUGAUGUGCUCUUUGCAUCGGGCCCCACGGAGCUGCUGAAGAAGUUCAAACAAGCCAAGAGCAAAGUUGUCUUCUCAGCAGAGAACUACAUCUAUCCUGACAGAAAGUUGGAAGCCAAGUACCCUCAGGUGCGAGAUGGAAAGCGCUUCCUGGGCUCUGGAGGCUUCAUAGGCUAUGCUCCAAACCUGAACAAGCUUGUGGAAGAGUGGAAGGGAGAAGAUGAUGACAGUGACCAGCUCUUUUAUACCACUGUCUUCUUGGAUCCAGAAAAACGGGAAAGUAUCAAUAUCAGUCUAGACCAAAGAAGCCGGAUCUUCCAGAACCUGAAUGGAGCAUUAGAUGAGGUGGUUCUGAAGUUUGAAAAUGCACGAGUGAGAGCAAGAAACUUGUUAUAUGACACUCUGCCUGUGGUGAUUCAUGGAAAUGGACCCACCAAGCUGCAGCUGAACUACCUGGGAAACUACAUUCCUCAAAUAUGGACAUUUGAGACCGGCUGCACUGUGUGUGAUGAAGGCCUGCGAAGCCUCACAGGGUUUAAGGAUGAUGCGUUGCCACUGAUUCUGAUUGGCAUUUUCAUCGAGCAGCCCACUCCUUUCCUCUCCCAGUUCUUCUUGAGGCUUCGGAACCUCCAUUACCCAAAACAACGGAUCCAGCUCUUCAUUCAUAACCACGAACAACAUCACCUGACGCAGGUGGACUCAUUUGUUGAGGAGCAUGGCAAAGAAUAUCUAGCCGUCAAGGUGAUUGGGCCAGAUGAUGAGGUGGAGAAUGCUGAGGCACGUAACUUGGGCAUGGAUUUGUGCAGAAAGGAUCCGGACUGUGACUAUUACUUUAGUUUGGAUGCUGACAUAGUUCUGAAGAACACAGAGACUCUGAGGAUCCUGAUUGAACAGAACAAGCUGGUGAUUGCCCCACUGGUAAGUCGGCAUGAGAAGUUGUGGUCAAAUUUCUGGGGAGCACUGAGCCCUGACGGGUACUAUGCCCGCUCGGAAGAUUAUGUGGAUAUUGUUCAAAGGCGGAGGGUCGGGCUUUGGAACGUUCCCUAUAUCAGUGGCGCUUACAUGGUUAAAGCCAAAACUCUGCGAUCAGAGCUUGACCAGGGAGAUCUCUUCCACAGUGGAAAGCUGGAUGCUGACAUGGCUUUCUGCCACAACGUUCGGAAUCAGGGGGUUUUCAUGUACUUGACAAAUCGGCACCAGUUUGGACACAUACUCUCUCUGGAGAAUUAUCAGACAACUCAUCUCCACAAUGACCUCUGGCAAAUAUUCAGCAAUCCUGAGGACUGGAGAGAAAAGUACAUCCAUGAAAACUACACAGCAGCUCUGAAAGGGAAAUUGGUGGAAGUGCCCUGCCCAGAUGUUUACUGGUUCCCCAUAUUCACUGAGGCUGCAUGUGAUGAGCUGGUGGAAGAAAUGGAACAUUAUGGCCAGUGGUCCACAGGUGACAAUACGGACAGCAGAAUACAAGGGGGAUAUGAGAAUGUCCCAACUAUUGACAUCCACAUGAACCAAAUUGGCUUUGAAAGAGAGUGGUAUAAGUUUCUUCUGGACUAUAUUGCACCCAUCACGGAGAAACUGUACCCAGGAUACUAUACCAAGACUCAGUUUGAGCUAGCCUUUGUAGUUCGCUACAAACCUGAUGAGCAGCCCUCUCUAGUGCCUCAUCAUGACGCUUCCACCUUUACCAUUAACAUUGCUCUGAACCGAGUUGGAAUAGACUAUGAGGGAGGAGGCUGCCGCUUCCUGCGCUACAAUUGCUCCAUUCGAGCUCCACGAAAGGGUUGGACCCUUAUGCAUCCAGGACGCCUGACUCACUAUCAUGAAGGCCUUCCUACCACCAAGGGGACUCGUUAUAUCGCAGUGUCCUUUCUUGAUCCCUAGAGCUAUGCCUAACAAGAAGGACCUUUCCCUGGCCCCACUCACUGCUGACUUUGAGUGGAAGCAGGGAAUGCUGCUGAGAGUCUCCAAGGCAUUGAUCAAAGCUAUUUGGAUAUUGGUUUUUAAUGAUAUUUUAAGACUCCACUACUGGAAGAUCUCCCUCUCUGCAGGUAAUAUCUGGGAACGUUUUUGUAGAAUUUGGACGGAGAUUUUGUGCCUUCAUUUCUGAUUCUGCUCCUCAUCCACUGUUUCUUGGAAAUGCGAUUUACUUGAAACUUCACUGCUCGGGUGGCUUUACAGAAGUGCUUUCUUGGACUGGAAAUCCAGCUUUUUGGAGGCAAGUCACAAGCUCUCUCUCCAAGUAGCUGGCAGCCCAUUUCCAUCCACUGCAUAUACAGGAAUGGACAUUAGAGAAUCAUUUCUGGACACUGUUCCAAAUAGAAAAUCAUCAGGGCGCUGGCUCCAGGAGUCAUAACAGUUAAAUGUAAUACCAGAUGAAACUCAGCAGUAAGAGCCUGAAGUUCAUCUGAUUCCUUACCUCUUUGCAUUCAUUGGAAAUGUAUCAUGAAGUUCAAAGCGGCAGCAGUGGCCAUCUAGGUGCUUCCUGUUAGCUAAAGGAAGGUCUGCUUAUUAUACUUUACCUCUGGGAUUAGGUUGAGGAGAUUAAAAAAAUAGCCUCCCUAUCUUCUACUACCACAGCUAGACGGGAGCCUGUAUGCCCAGACAAAUUCAUAUCAGGUCAGUAUGUGUAGAUAAAAUCUAAAAAAGGGAAAACUGAGAAUAACUACAUCUGCCGGGAGGGCUCUACUGCUGAAUCAGCUCAGCUCUAUUCCAUAUUAAGUUUGUCAAAAUCUCUAACCAUCUGAUAACAAUCCAGAGGCACCAGUGGUUUUUGAUGGCCUCACUCCAGCUCUUAGUGCUUGUUUUGAUAAUUUUCUUUGCAUCUAACUCGAAUGGGCCAUCACUGGAAAACAACUGUUCUCUGGUACUUAGAGGAGAUAAAUUUUCAGUAUUCCCGUCGCUUGAAGUUCCCCAACAAAACACUCCACUGUAGAUACUUCUGCGGUGGGGUGGAGGGUGAUAGAAGUGUAUGAUUAGAAAGCGCUAUGAGAUUGUGGUGGACUGAUGGGUAUAAAAAUCUGUCUAGAAUAGAGGUCACGGUUUAUGCAUGUUGGAGGGGGAACAGGGAGAAACGUUUUCUGCUGUCGUCUAUGAGCUCUGCCUCUUAGAAACUUUUUAUUUUCUGGGUCUGCCAGACUAGUACGUUUCGCAAGCAGUAAAUUAAUAUCAGAAACUGUUCUUAGGGAGGAAAAAAAAAAAA